AUUACUUUGAGUUUAUUAUCUUAGUGUUAUGUUUAUUUAGAAUGAGCCUUUCUAUCUUUAAUCAUAAACUGAUUAGUGCAGGAAAAGGUUUGGAAAACAGGAAAAAGCUACAGGAAAGAACUACACCCAGUCUGUCUCAGCAGAAAUCUGUCUUCAUCGCCAUAAAAGGAAAGUUGUGAAGCAGUGGAACCAGUGUGUGUUAGAAACUUUGGGUCGUCUUCUUGAGCCAAAGGAAUACAUGAGCUAAACUUUAGAAAAAGUGUGUUAAAUAUUAAAGUGCAGCAGAUACAGUAUCAGGUAUGAAAAUCUCUGUUGUAUUUAGUUCCCACAUCAUCUUUAAUCUUCUGUGUAUAUGAGGACCUGUGUAUCAGGAUCAGAAUUCAUCAGCUGGUUUACCUGCCGUGAAAGAAACUGACUGGGAGUCAUUUGGACAGCAGCGAUGAAGCUGUCGGUGUUUCUGUUGCCAACCCUGCUGGCUUUAUCCUCAGCAGCUCCUCAGGACUUUGACAAGAGAGAAGAGCAAAGAAAUGUUUCCUCGCGAAGUGUUGCUCUCGAGAACCAUUCUGAAAUCACAGCUAAAGCAUCGAUGAAGCAUGCACGGAUUCUAAGUCUUUCUAGGACGCAACAGAAGAGACCAGUUCAAUCUUCCUCUGUUGUGUCUGAUGAUGGAACCAUCCUGGAAUGGGUGACCUGGAACAACUCUCUCCCCAAUGACACCGUCUCAAUUUACAACAACUAUGUCCACCGCACUGAUUAUAUCUGCAAAUACAAAUGUGACGCCGGCUUUUAUACCCCCGACUUGGGUCCUUAUUGCAACUAUCCCCUAAAGAAAAAUGUAUAUAAAGGUUCCCCUUUUCAGAUUUUGGUGAACAGAGACAACUUUGAGAUCUUAGAGUGGAAGGAUGGUUCAUAUGGGUCAGUGCCAAAGAAUUCAGUCUGGACCUGCCGUGGAGAGGAGAUCUAUGUAGGCAAGAACAAGUAUGGACUUGGAAAAGUGGUGACUCAAGAUAAGGUCUUCUACCUGCCUUAUAUGGGUAGUGAAUAUUGGUACAAUUACUACCAAGUCCUGACCAUCAGUGAGAAUAUAGUCAGCCAGCAGAUUGACAAUGUCGUGUACAACACUGAUAAGUCUACAAUCGUCGACUAUCCUCCAGAGAUCAUACAUGAAACUGCCAUCACCAACUAUGAAUGCACCCCAGUGGUGGAAACGGACAGCCUGUCCAAGACGUAUCAGGUGGAGCAGAGGUGGGACAACACCUACUCUGUCAGGUUUGGUGUUAAAACCACCAUCAAAGCAGGCAUCCCACUCAUCGCCGAAGGAGGCAUUGAGAUCAGCACCGAUGUGACGUUGCAGUUCAACAGGGGAGGCUCGGUGGUUGAAUCCAUCACUGAUACUGUCUCUGUGCAGAUCAGUGCUCCACCAAACCGCACCUGCACUGCAACUAUGAUGCGUUACAAGUACAAACUCAACAUCCCUUAUACAGCACGGCUCAGCCGCACAUACGGCAAUGGGGAUGUCCGUAUAGUAAUCAUUACCGGGACGUACGACAGCGUUCAGGUUGGAGAGGUGCGAGCCGUGGUGCACCGAUGUAAACCUGUGACGAGUGCAAAGUCGUGCCCUAAAAUACUAAAAGAAAACACAGGAAAACACAUAAUUACACAACGUCUGAUGAAAAUUUGAAAAUGUCUCAAGUGAAUAUGCAUGUGUUGAAAAUUCCAAUAAAAUAUGUGCCCUACCAGGUCA